CAUAUUCGCACGUGUUGAUAUGGCGCAGAAUAUUGCAAUUCUGUCCACGAUUCCUAGGUUAUCUUACCAUCUUCAAAUGCAACUUCCGAACUUAAUGAUAUUUGACGUUUCGCCAGAUAAAUGUGAUACAUUAUCAAAAUUACAAAAUGCAGAUAUAUUAAUAACUGAUUGCGAUUUAUUUUUACCAUAUACAAAUAAAUUACCAUCUUUAAAGUGGGUACAAACAACAUGGGCUGGUAUUGAAACAUUAGUUUCAAAUUUAAAAGAUAAAAAUAUUAAUUAUUCUAUUACGCGCUUCUCAGAUAAAUCUUUUGGUUUAGCCAUGUCUGAAUAUGUGAUAGCACAUAUUUUUAAUUUUGAACGUAAUCAAAAACAACAAUAUCAAAAUCAAAAACACAAUGAAUGGUUAAAAGAUGGAAAAAUUUCUGAUCAUAGACUUAUUUGUGAUUUAUCUGUAGGUAUUCUAGGUUUAGGAAAUAUUGGCAAAUCAAUUGCAGAAAAGCUAAAAAUAUUUGGAGCCACUGUAUGGGGAAUGUCAAGAACACCACUUAAAGAAAAUUUAAAUUAUCUUGAUGAACAUAGAACAACUGCAUAUUUGUCUGAAAUGCUAACAAACUGUGACUAUAUUAUUAAUGUUUUACCAUCUACACCUAAUACUUUAGGAUUAUUAAAUGGAAAUGUAUUACAAAAUUGUAAAAAUCGGGGUAGUAUUUUUAUCAAUAUAGGUCGAGGUACAAUUAUUAAAGAAGCAGAUUUAUUACAUGCUCUUGAGCAACAAUGGAUUUUAGGAGCAAUUUUAGAUGUUUUUGAAGAAGAACCAUUAUCAAAAAAAAGUAAAUUAUGGACAUUGCCACAGGUUACUAUUUCACCACAUAUCUCAGGUACAUCUCGCGCUCAAGAUGUUGUAAAAUUUUUUAUUCAAAAUUAUGAAAGAUAUAUUAAAGGUGAAAAAUUGUUGAAUACAGUAAAUUUAGUAGAAGGUUAUUAAAUAUAAAUAAUAAUAUAUAGAAAUUUUGUUUAACAAUAUGUAGAAAUUUUCUAUCUAAGUUUGAUGAAUACUUUUAAUAUAAUAUAAACUUAAGAUAAUUAAACGUAAUUUUAUGAUUUAUAAAUAUGAAAAUAACUAUUUUAAUAAUUUAUUAUAUAUUAUAAUAUAUAUUAUUUUUAUAAGAUAUUUUUUGAAAUAUAAUUAUUCUGUUUCUUGAAUAA